AGAAAGACGCUUAGUGUCUGGUUGCUAGGGCAGCCUUCUGUGGGAGCAAGCGGGCUGGGGGCUGCUUUUCUGGGCCCUGUUGCUCAGAUAUCCCAGGAUUGCGUGCCUUUCUUUCAUAAAAGCAGCUUCUAGUCCCUCCGGAUACAAACACACUCGCUUUUCUCCCAUUACGAGCUCCUGCCCAUCUGCGUCCCCUCUCCGUCCCCCCUUGUUUGGGGCCACUCCCAAAUCUCUAUAGAUCGUCUUUCUCCCUCUGGCUAAGAUUGCAAUUUGAAACCAGUCGCUGUUUUCCCUCCCGUCAGCUUCCCCCACCCCCCCUCCUCAUUUGUCUUGAAGGUCAGUGCAGACCAUGGUGAAGCUGGCUGCCAAAUGCAUCGUGGCAGGUGAUCCAGCAGUGGGAAAGAGCGCCUUGGUCCAGAUGUUCUGCAAUGAUGGGGCUCAUUUCCAGAAAAAUUACACAUUGACAACAGGAGUGGAACUGCUGGUGAAGACAGUACCUGUUCCAGAAACCAGUGAUAGUGUGGAACUUUUCAUCUUUGACUCAGCAGGCAUGGAACUAUUUUCUGAGAUGCUAGAUAAAUUGUGGGAACAGCCCAAUGCUGCCUGCAUUGUAUAUGAUGUCACCAACGAGCAGUCGUUCAAUAACUGUGCCAAGUGGCUAGAGAAGCUGAGAACCCAGACUUCUGGAGUACACAUCCCAGGUGUGUUAGUGGGCAAUAAGACGGAUUUGAUUGAUAGGCGAGUUGUGGAGCAGAAACAGGCACAAGAGUGGGCAGAGACCAGUGGCCUUGAGUACUGCGAGAUAUCAGUUAAAGAGAUGGAAAAUUAUGAGGUCCCUUUUCACAUUCUGGCGAAUUCCUUCCACCAAUUAUACAAAGAGAAGGUGGAAAUCUUUCACUCUCUAGUACCUCGUAUUGUUUGUUAACCAGAGCCAAGAUAGUAAUUGGAAGACAGGCGCUAACCAGGCCACCGACAUCAAGGACCUCUGAACCCUGGAUAUCUUAUCCUAGCCCAUGGACUUCUGAGAUUUCAGCAGACUUUGUUCAACCACUUUGAAGCAUGUUUUUG